UCAGAAAUAAUGUCCAUUGAUAAUUGCCAUUCUUGUUGCAGAAUUCUCGUAAAUGACCUCAUAGACUGCCACGAUGUCGUCAAUAUUAUUAUUGAAUUGUGUUCUGACGGCGUGGCUGUUCGUCGCCAUAGGAGCGAUUACCGUGUCGAUAGAUCGUUCGGACAUUAAAACCCCACCAACACGAUCGUCGAUGAUCGCGAAUGGAUGGCGACCUCUGACCAAUUCCUACGAGGAAACGAUCGGCACUAACGUGUCGCCGUCGAGCCACCUAGAGAAGAACGUCCAGGUUCACCCCGUCCUGAGCAAGUUUCAGGAGCACAUGGCGACUUCGGAGAAACUGAAGCCGCUGCGAAAGGGCAAACCGCCGGUCCACGAGUACAGUCCGCCUAGUAUACUCGGUAGUUUCACGGUGUUUGGGCACGCGGCGACGAAAGCGCGUGGCGAAACCAAGACGCCGAGCAAACACGUGGCCACGGAGACCCGGGAGUACACGUUCCUGAUACCGCCGCCCAAGGACGCGUAUCGUUUCGAGGUGAACCAACACCGCAAGCCGAUCGUGCGCGAAACCCCUGGCUACUUGCCGAGGCAGCCGCCGCAGGCCUACGUCGCGGCGCAGAACGUCCAUCAGCAGCCACUGGAUAGCGUACGCGCGGCGACCUAUUUCAUCAAGGGCUUGUCGAGCAAUCGCCCUUACGUUCCGCCGUUCGCCAUGCCGCAGGCGCUGCAGCCGCCGCAGCUGCAGCCGCAGUCGCCACGCCAGCCGGAAAAAUCCCGAGUUCCCGAGUUCGAGUCCCUGAAGGUCGCCAACAGCGCGAAACCGUACUUCCAGCCGCCCGGCGCGGAGAUCCCGGUCGAUUUCGGCAAGCAGAAGAUCAGCGGCAACGACGGCGACGCCUACGACAGAUACCAGGCCCAGUCUCACGCGCAGGUGCUAAACUCAGCGAGCAGCGGCAAUUUCUACAGCCAGGUGAACCAUCCCCCGAAUCAUUACAAGUCCACCUACGAGCGAGACCCGGCCUUCCUGGUGCACGAGAGCCACGAGAUCAGUUACGUGACGCCACCCGGCUCGUACAACGCGUACAGCUUCCGGCCCUCGUUGCCCUACGAGACUCUGCUGCCGCCCGCGAUCUACUCGCCCUCGUCAACGCCACCGUCCACCACCGCCGUCACGCGGAACCCCAACAAAUUCGGCCAGACUAACGACGCGGCUCAGGAUCACUAUAAUAAACGUCCGAGCGCGGGCACGCGUAACAAGCAGGAAAAAGGCGGGCAGACCGAAUUGCCGAACCCCAGAACCACGAGCACUUAUUACGUUGCGGAGCAUCAGGAACUUACGCCGCCCACGUGGCCGAAGAGCAAGUACGCGUCCGACAUUAACGAAGUUCUGCCGAAGGAGAAUCCACCGGGCAAGUUCAGUCAAGAGGUUGUAAACCAGAAUCAAAUCACGCAGGGUCCGAAGAUCGUGUACCAUAGACCGCAAAGCUCCUUCGAGCCUGUUGAGGUUUACCAACCGACGCCGAUACCGGGUUACGAGACACCGGAGAGCAUCUCUCUCAAGCACUUCAACGAGCAACAGUUUCUGCUGCAGCAGCAAUUGCUGCUGCGCGAUCGGCAGAGACUGGCGGAACAGGACCGUCAACAGAAACUGGAGCUCGAACGGCAGCAGCAAGAGGAGCUGACGAAACAGCAGAAGGAGCUUGAUCAACUUACGCAACAGGAGAAAGAGGAGGAAGAGGCGGCAAGACUUGCCGCGGAAUCCGCGAAGAAUCAGUCGCAGGAGAUCGUCAAGAUCUCGGGCGAGACGCCGUACGCGAUUCAAUUGGCGCAGUUCGAGCCGCAGGUCACUACAAAUGGCAAUAUUCUCGUGUCGGAGCCUGGUAUUUACAACGUGGAACAGCUGAGACUCCAGCCUCAGGUACCCCAGAUCCCGGAGAAUCAGGUGAACCAGAAUUAUCAAUACCAGCAGCACUACCAGACCGGGUAUCAGGAGCAACAGGUCAAUUAUCGCGAGCCUCAAACCGAAACACGGCCGUACCGUCCACAGAAACCGUCCCGCGACCCGCAACGCCGCAAAAAGCCGGCGACGGUUGCGCACGAGCACUCGGCGACGGAGCCGCCGAGCCAGCCGCCGGAAACCGCCAUUCCCUUGACCCUAUACGCGGAGGAAGUGCCGAUUCAGACGACGGCGGCACCGGAAGUGCAAACCCCGCCAACGAUCUCGACGCAGAGAUCGAGAACUCGUCGGCCGGCCGCGCCGGCUCGACGACGGAAGCCCGCGACGACCACGCAGGAGUCCAUCACGACGUCUUACCCGGAGGAGGACUUCCUCAAGUACAACAGGGAGGACGUGCAGCACAAUCAGCACGAUUCCUCGCGAAGAAGGCGAAUAAAGCCCACGCAGGCCAGCUACAACGAGGACGCGGUAACGGAGAGGAGGGGUAACGUAAGAAAACGACCGAGUCAUCGGACGAAAGUGAGCCAGGACGAGUCGUACGAUGCGCAUCUCGUCACGGAGAAUGCGUACGCCUCCCUAAAUUCUUACGGGCAGACCACGGAGCCCGCGCCGAGCUACAACGAGAACGACCAGUUCGCGACGAAUCAGCCGAGCGUUUCGUACGAAACGAGCCAGCCGGUCAAUCAGUAUUACGAUUAUGCCUCGCGACAGAAUGAGGGAUACCGCGAGGAUCAACGCGAGGAUCAUCGCGAGGACAGCGCCGUGCCGGAACAACUGCCGGAAUAUCUCGCGGAGAUCAGCCGCGGCAAGGUCGAGGACUAUAACGCCGAUACUCGUCAGCAAAACGUGAACGUCGUUACUAGCAUACCGCUGGAGGAUCUCUACGUGAAGACCGACGGUAAUUAUUACGACCGCGCGACAACGGACGGGUCGGUAACCGCGACAACGGCGACGACGACGACGACGACAACGACGACGACGACGACUACCCCGCAACCGGCGACGCAGCCCCCUCAGGUCGCCACCUCUACGUCGAGAUCUCACAAGAUCCGCCCGUUAAGAUACGGCAACGCCACCCGACCGCGCUUCAGCAUCAAGGAUUACAAGAGCCGCAUGGAUUACAAGAACAGACUGUCCACGACGGAGGUGGCACCGACACCAUCCGGCGAAGCCUUGACGCGCGGCCCUCAUACCAGACAGAGGACGUCGAGUGCGAAGAGCCAACAGGCGCAAUUGGCGAGCGAUGCCGUCCGCGAGACUACUGGUAGAUACAAAUACGUUUCCCGGGUGAACUACCGGACUACUACGUCGUCGCCUGCGGCCGCGAAAGACCACGAGCGAUACUCGGAGGAGAGCGUAUCUUCCACGACCGAAAAGAACAACAGAUUCGUGCCGAAGAGGCGGCCGAUCAGCGGAAACGUUUAUCGAAGUAGAAUCGCCUCUACCACGGCCAGUCCCACACGAUCGCAAAUUAACGGCGAGGCGAACGCCAGGCAGAGUUCGGUGCGACCCGAGAACGUGUACUCGUCAUCGAUACGCAGGCGGCCGGUCAUGAAGAGCAGGCUGCACAAGGAGAGCAACGCGGCCACGGCGUAUCCGGACAGCAAGCGGCAGGAGGACCCUACGGAGAUGGCCGCCGAGGAAACCAGUUUCUAUUCAACCUCUUCGUCGACCAGUCGCCUCGUAGGCAACGAGAUCAUCAGCGAGAAGGGGGAGGCCGCGUCGCUCGACGGCCAUCCGGUGAAACUCGGCGUGCAGGAGAGCAAAAACCAAGGGGAGACAGCUUCGCGGAACGAAGAGACGAGAGCGGCGGCACCGACCGACACGGCCUCGGCCGAGGACAAUCGCGGACGGACCUCGGCGGACGAGACCGAGCAGACGAGUCGAGUCGAGGAGCCGGAAGUCCCCGCGACCGCCGUAAGCGAGGGCGACGAGACACGGGAGGCCGGAGAAUCAGAGGCCACGACCAAGUUCGACGUGCGAUCCGACGAGGAGGAAUUGUUCGCCAAGGCGUCGCAGAGCGUGGCGGACCUGACGAGCUCCGCCUCCGCUCUGUACGACAAGCCGGGCAUGUUCAAGGCGGUCUCGCCGGAGAGCAGGCUCGUCUCGUCGCAGUUCAAGAUCACCACGGACGAGCCGACGCUGCCCAUCGAGGCCUUCUUCCAAGAGCUCUCGAAGAAGAACUAACGACUCUCAGGGUAAAUCGUUCUGCCGCGAGCGAACUGUCAUCAAGUCGUGACGCGCACGCGAUCGACAAUUCUGUGCUUCGAGGAGCAAGGGGAGACCGUAGCUCUCUUCGUGAGACAUCCAGGAUUUGCUUUCGGUGAUAGAUGGUUUCGUACAAGAUUUUACAUUUGAAAAGAAAACAACAUUAUGCGGGAAAACAGACCUGCAGAUUUCUCGAGGCGUUCUAUUACCGGCCUUCUAGCUAAACGUAGAAAGUUUCGAGAGACUGGAGGAACUUGAAUACUUCGCAUGUACCGUAGUCUUACGUACUUAAUUCCGCUUCUAAAUUAUUGUCAUCGCGCUGUCAUUUACGUCGUAAAAAGUUAGAACGCCGGAGGCGCGUCAAGCGCUUCUAGCGCACAACCAUUUCGAACGUACUUUCCUAUAGAUAUUAGAAAAACAAAGGGAUAAUGAUUAAAGCGUCACAGCAAGAAGGGUCUGGAAAAAGCGCUGCUGCUCGAUGCAACUGACGGUGGCAGUCGUGCUUUUUCUCGUUCUGGGAGAGAAAGCUCGGCAGGACAUUGCGUGUGCAAUAUCUGUAAAAAAGCAAAUUAUACGACCUACUCGUGUCCUGUAGCAAUAGCCUUCGUAUACGUUCUUUUUAUAUAUCUUUGCGUUAGGUUAUUCAUAAAAGAGAAGAUACCAAAAGUAAAUUUCACGAAUUAGGCAAUAUAACAUCAUUGGUAACGCCUUAUUAGUGUAAGCAUGCGAAUCAUCCCAUUGCGUAAUUUAUUUAAGAGAUCAUUCCCUAAAUCACUUCUCGUCGUCACUUUUCGUGACAUCGGAAUAAAGAAACUAACGAACGCUACGAGAUAUAUUGUAAAUAUGAAUGCGUAGCAUAGAACUUUCAGCUAUCCCCUGGGCAGAAAGUCGGCUUCGAAUUUUCUAUGAAGCGAUACUUUAACCCCUUCGUGACCGAUGCUUUGGGUUUUUGUUAGUUUGUCUUGAUAUAAUGGCUUUUUCCAAUAAAUGCAUGCUAUCAUUAAGUCUUUUUAAAUUUUAUAAGUGGGACUUAUAUGUCCAAGUGGUCAUAAAAGAUUAUCGAAAGAUAUAGCAAAAAUUAUUGUUAUAAUAUAAAGUAUAACACGGUUUCUCCGAGUUUUGUAAAAGCCUCGUACUUUUUAGGGAUUGAAAAUAAUCAGCGCGAAAACGCUGUCGCAUACUGAAUUGAUUCGUUACAAUUGAAUUGUUAUAAAAAAAUUUUUCAUCAAGAUUCCAUCCUGCCUAAUCUUGUAUUUAUAAGUUUGUAUGCCGAUAUAUGUAUAUUAGCUUUAUGUCUUUGUACGUGAUUAAAAAUUU